ACUUAAGUAAAAACAGAGUAAAAUUUGAGGGGUAGUAAGCGAAAAUUAAAAUCCAAUUAUCUAGUCAAUGGUGUAAACGCUUUGAAGUUUCCAGCCUUAGUUGCAGGGUCUUAUGGCGUGCUAAAUCAGAAGCCAAAAACCAAAAGGCAUCCCUCAGAUUCUUUUAAAAUUUUUUCCAUUUUGACCCACCAUCUCUACUUCUCUAAUCUCUAUCCCUCUCUUUCUCUCUGGUAAGUUAAGUUUCUCUUUGUUUUUUGAUCUCUGUUUGUGUGUGUGUUGCUUUUCAUUUAAGGCGAUGUUUGGAGAGAAAGAUCUCUCAAGUAAUCUCCCUUGUGUAGGAGAUGAAAGCUCUCAAAGCAAGCUUUCACGUUUGUUUCAAAACAAGGAGAGUUCAGUUGAGAAAGUGAGUUUUGUACAGAAGGGUAUUGAUUUUCUUAGAGAAUCAAAGGUGGGUCUUGAUGGAGGUUACCCUUUACCAAGAUCUUCCAAGCCUGGGAUUUCUGGCUCCCAAGAACUCACUCUUAGCUACCUCUGUGAGAACCCUAAACUGGGUUUUUGUUCUGAGAAGACCCAAACCCUGUUGGAAAAAGUUACUAGCUACAAAGGGAAAGAAGUUGUUGAUUCUGAGAACACACAUCAAGAUGAGAAAUGGGUUGAAAGAGAUUUCCUGAAUUUGAGUGAAAGUAAAGGGAUUUCUGCCAAAAGAGAUGUAGAGGAUGAUUUUCAAGAAAGAGAGACUAGUCAUAGGGAGAAAAAGCCAAAGCUUGAGACUUUGAAUCUAUCUCUAGCUUUACCCGAUGUCUCUCUCUCUUUAACUGCAUCGAAUGCUUUGCAAAAUGGUGAUCCUUCGCAACAUCGGUCUAGGCCUAGUAGGAGUGUACAGUCCUUGGCACCAUCAACCAAUAACACGCAAACUACUUGUUCUAAUGAUUUCACUGCUGCUUCAUUGUCAUACUCUUAUUCUGUGCCGUAUUCACACAAUCCUAGCUGCUCCUUAACACGGAAUUCUACUGAGAAUUAUGAGUAUUCUGUGGGGAAAGAUGAUCAAAUUUGGUGUGGUGGUGAAGGUACUAAUGGAUCCGUGCAUAGUCGUUUUAGGCCAAUUGGUGAUGGAGUUGCUUUGGCCAGUGCUGGUGCUGGUGCUGGGUUUUCCAUGAUGCAGGUUAACCGUCAUGUGAAUAAAGAUUCGUGCAAUAGUCUUCAUAGGACCUCUAGUUCAGAUAAUCAUUCAUUUUUCCCAUCUGAAUUGCUUGCUAAGCCUCGCAUAGAUAAUCAUUCAGAGGAUUCAAGGAGAAAGGAUUCAGAGAAUUGGAGAGUUUUGGAGAGUAUGGAUGGAGGGAGAUCCAGGAAGAUUUCUAGACCGGAAAAAAUUCUUCUUGAGAUUGUGUCUGAGUCGAUUCCUGCCAUGGCUCAAAUAAUGCAGGAGCUGCCUGAAGAAACCCUCGAAUCGACCAAAGAAUACUUGAGGAAUCUUAUUGGAAACCCAGAGAGGAAGGAAGAAUUAGUUGGACUUCAAAAUCGACUUGACAGGAGAUCUGAUCUUAGCAAGGAGACUCUCUCAAAGUGCCAUAAGGAUCAGCUAGCAAUCUUAGUUGCAGUGAAAAUGGGCCUGAAAAGCUUCUUGUCCGGGAAAGUAGGACUUCCCAUGACCGAGCUGCUGGAGAUUUUCUUGUUUAUGAGAUGUAGGAAUCUGACUUGCAAGAGUGUACUACCUGUUGAUGACUGUGAUUGCAAGAUAUGCUCAGGAAAUAAAGGGUUUUGCAGUUCUUGUAUGUGUCCUAUUUGCUUGAAUUUCGAUUGUGCUAACAAUACUUGCAGUUGGGUUGGUUGCGAUGUUUGUUCCCAUUGGUGCCAUGCUGCCUGUGGCAUUCAGAGGAAUCUUAUAAAACCAGGACCCAGCAUAAAGGGACCAUCUGGGGCUAUGCAAUUCCAUUGUAUUGGCUGUGGCCAUGCUUCAGAAAUGUUUGGGUUUGUUAAGGAUGUGUUUUUAUACUGUGCUAAGAACUGGGUUCUUGAGACAUUGACAAAGGAGCUAGACUGCGUGCGAAAGAUUUUCCGGGGCAGUGAUGAUUCGAAGGACAAGGAACUAUAUGUCAAAGCUGAUGAGCUUUGCAGCCGGCUCCAAAACAAAAUGAUGUCUGCUUCAGAUGCUUGCAGCAUCAUUAUCCAAUUUUUCAACUACUCUGAUGGUUUGUCAGACUUUCCUACCUCCGGUGCAUGUUCCAAAGAGUUAACAACAACUCAAGUUGACCUUCGAAAAGAUGAAUCAUCCGUGACACCAGGCGCUUCUCUUCCUCAGAAGCUCGUGUUUUACAGCACAAGCUCGGCAAGUGGGCAUGAUUUACUUCCGAACGAACACCGUCGGAAGGACCUCAAAGCUUCUCUCAUGAAUGACCUAAAGAGUGAAGAUGAAUACCGAUUUGGAAGGUCAUCAAACAAUGAUGGAUUUGACAGCUUAGAAAGCAUGGUAAGAAUUAAGGAAGCAGAAGCAAUAUUGUUCCAAAGCAAGGCCGAUGAAGCACGGAGAGAAGUGGAGAGUUACAUGAGGAUGAUCCGGGCCAAGUCCGAAAAGUUGGAAGAGGAAUAUGCCGAGAAGCUAUCCCGACUUUGCUUACAGGAGACAGAGGAAAGGCGAAGGAAUAAAAUGGAAGAACUUAAGGUUUUGGAACAUUCACAGUGUGAUUACUACAAAAUGAAACUAAGAAUGCAAGCAGAGAUUGCCAGUUUGUUGGAGAGAAUGGAAGCUACAAAGCAGCAAUGGGUUUAACUCUUUUCUUUUCUUUUUUUUUUCUUUUUUUCCUUAAUUUAUUGGUUAACAAUUAAUUAAUGUAAAACGUGUGGUUUGUUCCAAGUUUUUAACCUUAUGGAUUCUACUUGUUCCCCCCCUUUGAGAAAUGAAUGAUUGUACUGAGUUGUGAAAAA